AUGGCUGUUCAACUUCUAUGUGUCACAGCUGGGGUUGUCGUAUUGCUACUUCUGAGACAUUUCGUGACGCUUCUUGUUGGCAGAACCAGGUUGCCACUUCCACCAGGUCCCACUCCUCUCCCGUUAAUCGGCAAUGCUCACCAAGCUCCAAAGGAAACACCAUGGCUUCAAUACUCUGCAUGGAGCAAAUUAUACGGACCGAUAUUUCACCUCAGCAUGGCUGGUCAGCCAGUAGUUGUCCUCAACACUCUCGAAUCUGCCCAAGCUCUGCUUAGUAAACGUGGUGCGGAUUAUUCUGAGCGCCCCCGCGCCAUUGUCGUUGGCGAACUUGCCACCAAGGGAUUGCACCUUUUACUGCGUCGUUAUGAUGCGGCGUACAAACUGCAUCAAAGGAUGCAGUCCCCGGUGCUCAACCCACGUGCAGCUAACGCAUACCGCCCUCUCCAAGAGCUCGAGUCGAGGCAGCUGCUUCUGGACCUGCUGACUUCGAGUGAUUGUGCAGCAGAUAGAGGGACCGACUUUAAUCGUUGGUUUGAGAGGGCCAACGCAAGCACUAUCUAUGCACUAAUCUAUGGAUACCGCUUGAAGACAGGGUUUGAACAAGCGCUGGUGCACGCCAAGAUCGUGCAGGUCGAGUUCAUCAAAAGAUUCCAGCCAGGCGCACAUGUUGUGGAGGUUCUCCCGUUCCUGAACUACCUUCCGGUACCGCUGGCACCAUGGAAGAGAGAAGCUGAGGCACUAUGGGACCUGGAGCGCAAUCUACACAUGGGCAAUAUGGAGCGGGGCUUCGAAAACCCGGGUUGGAACUUUACGAAGCACAUGAAGGGCAGCAGCGAGGCGAAAAAUAUGUCACCUGUGGAGUUCGCCUUCGAUUUGGGAAUUUUGGCAGAUGCGGCUCUGGACACGACGACAAUGUCUAUAGGCUGGUUCGUCGUCGCCUGGCUUACUCAGAACGAGGGAUUUGUAGCCAAAGCUCAACAGCUCAUAGACGAAGUAGUUGGACAAGACAGGCUCCCGCAAUUUGAGGACCAGCCUCGGCUGACUUACGUCACGGCCAUUAUACACGAAGUGUUGCGCUGGCGUCCGGUUGUCCCCGGAGGCGUGCCGCACAAGUUCGGUGGCGAGAAAGAUGAUGAGUACCACAACUACCGAAUCCCCGCUGGAUCCAUAGUGGUUGCGAAUCACUGGGCUAUCUGUCGGGAGGAAUCGGUUUUCGGAAAAGAUCCCGAUGCAUUUCUUCCCGAGCGAUGGAUUCCCGAAAAGGACGACACAACCACUCAAGUCAAGGAUGGCCUCAAAGAUAUGCAUCUCUCGGGCUUCGGCUUUGGCAGGAGAGUAUGUACGGGUCAGCAUAUCGCAAGAAAAAUGCUGUUCAUCGUGAUAUCACGGCUUCUAUGGGCGUUCAAUGUUGAGCCAGCCAUGGACGAGAAUGGCAAGAAAAUAACCAUCGAUCCCAUGGCAGUCAGUACUGGAUUUGCAAUUCGACCACAAAAGACCAUAGCUAUAUUUCGUCCCAGGUCGAGAAAAGUGAGGAAAUUGAUUGAGACGGAAUGUAGUACGCAUUCAGCGGACCUGGUGGAAAUUCUUAACCGGGCAGCAGGGGAACGGUCAGCUAAGGGGUAA